AUGAUCUCACUUGUCAAAACGACGCUCCUUCUGCUCUCAGCGAGCAUUGCUCGAGCCUCUCUUCAAAUUGUUCCAGGAGGAACAUGGACAGCUACGAACACGGGUAAACACGUGCAAGCGCACGGCGCAGGAAUCAUCAAGGUCGGCUCAACCUUCUACAUGAUCGGCGAGGACAAGACCGACGGCAGCGCUUUCCAGAAUAUCAACUGCUACUCGUCGAGCGACCUCGUGCAGUGGACGUACGUGGGCGCGCUGCUCUCGCGCACCAGCUCCGGCGACCUCGGCCCCAGCCGCGUCGUGGAGCGGCCCAAGGUCAUCUACAACUCGUCGACCAAGAAGUAUGUCCUGUAUAUGCACAUCGACAGCAGCGACUACAGCGAGGCUAAGGUCGGCGUGGCCACGAGCGAUACCGUGUGCGGCAAGUACACAUACCUCAGCAGCUGGCGCCCGCUGGGGCAGCAGAGUCGUGAUAUUGGACUGUAUCAGGAUACGGAUGGCAAGGCGUACUUGUUGACGGAGGAUCGCGCCAAUGGCCUGCGCAUUGAUGCCUUGACGUCAGAUUAUCUCAAUGUUUCCAGCGCAACUUACCUCUGGAGUGACAGCAUUGAAGCUCCGGCCAUCUUGAAGCAGGGCGGUUACUACUUCAUGUUUGGCUCGCAUCUGACGGGGUGGUCUCCCAACGACAAUGUAUACAGCUAUGCUACCUCCCUCUCCGGUCCCUGGUCUUCAUGGGCCACCUUCGCAACCGUUGGCUCCAAUACUUAUACCUCGCAAACGAAUUUCGUGUUGCCCAUUUCCAGCACGCAAGCCAUCUACAUGGGCGACCGAUGGGUGUCGACGAAUCUGAUGCGAAGCACAUACAUCUGGCUGCCACUCACAAUCUCUGGAACCAAGGUCACGAUGGCCAACUACGUCAAUUGGGUACCGAACGUGUCCGCCGGCACCUGGACGCCGGGCCCAUCUGAGACGCAGCCCGAGGCCGAGGCCGCGACGCUGUCCAACGGCGCCGUGGUGGUCAGCUGCUCCGGUUGCAGCGGCAGCCAGGCGGUCGGGUACAUCGGGGGCUCGUCGCACGGGACGCUUACCUUCAGCGGGGUGAGCUCGAACGUGGCGACCAAGACGACGAUCAGAGUCAAGUACGAGAACGGCGAUAGCAGCCAGCGGUUCGCGACGGUCAGCUGCAACGGCGUGGGCCAGACAAUUGCUUUCCUGCCUACAGACAAUGGCUACACUCCCGGCAGUAGCUCGGUGCACUGCAAUUUGAACUCUGGAAGUAGCAACACGGUGGUUGUCACGCAGACGGACGGGACGUAUGGGCCUGAUGUUGACCGGAUCAUGGUUCCUGUAAGCUAG